CUUCGAUUUACUGUCAAGAAUCGCCCUUCAAGUCGCGUUGAAGAUGGUUUUGGAAGCCAUCCAGGAGUACGGCCCAGAAGACUCCAUGUACAAGUUCGGUCUCCAAGCGCUUCUGCACUUCCAGAGCAAACUCCCCGAGUGGCCGCAUUACUGUGAGGAGCUCUUGAAUGUGCCUCAUCUUCGCGGAACCGAGGCUUUCUCGAAAGUCGAGGACGUUGUGGGCCACCAGAUUGAAGGAGUCAAUGGCGAGGCGCAGAAUGGUGUGAACAUGAGUAACGGUACUAAUGUGGACGAACUGGUCCAAGCUGAGCCUGCGAUUCCACGCUUUACAUGCUUGCAUGUCGACCCUCCAAUUGAGGCAGAUCAAUUCGAAGAACCCGACGAGGAAGUUCAGGAUAAGGUCCUCUUUGUUCUGAACAACGUAUCGGAACGAAAUUUGAGGGACAAGAUUAAAGACCUUAUGGGAGCUCUCAAAGAGAAACACCACCAAUGGUUUGCCGGGUAUCUCGUAGAAGAACGAGCGAAGAUGCAGCCAAACUUCCAGCAACUGUAUUUGGAUAUGCUGGAACUGUUCAACGACAAGACACUGUGGGCGGAGGUUCUCCGAGAAACUUACCAUUCCGUCAUUCGAAUGCUGAAUUCGGAGUCCACGAUCGGCUCCUCCACAGAACGGACCCAUCUAAAGAAUCUUGCCGGAUGGCUUGGCUCCUUGACUAUUGCCCGCGAUAAGCCGAUCAAGUUCAGGAAUAUCUCUUUCAAAGACUUGCUUAUCGAAGGCUAUGACACAGACCGCCUUUUGCUCGUGAUUCCAUUCACUUGCAAGGUCUUGAUCCAAGCCGCCAAGUCUACGGUCUUCAAACCACCUAAUCCUUGGACUAUGGAAAUCAUUCGCAUCCUCCUAGAAUUGUACAAGCAUGCGGAUCUAAAGCUCAAUCAGAAGUUCGAGAUUGAGGUUCUGUGCAAAGGCUUGGAUCUGGACUACGACAAGGUCACGCCUUCUGACUGCAUUCGUUCCAGACCUGCACAAGACGACGAAUAUUUGGGGGCAAUGGUGCCCGAUGGUAUGGAAGCCUUCAGCGAUCUUUCUAUCAUGGGCUUGAACAGGGCUCGUGGCCAAAACGAGCGCUUCUCACCUGGAGCAAUCACAGCCUCUCUGCCAGACUUCAGUACUCGGUUGACAUAUCCGCCCAUCACUGGCGGCGCUGCUGCCCAGGCAUCGCUCAAGAAAAUAUUUCACUCUGCAGUUCAUCAAGCGAUUCAAGAGAUCAUCGCACCGGUCGUAGAACGAUCCGUCACUAUUGCGGCUAUCUCCACUUCACAGCUAAUUGCCAAGGACUUCGCUAUGGAGCCAGACGAGAACAAGCUUCGCGAUUCCGCCCAUACCGUGGUGAAGUCAUUGUCAGGUGCCUUGGCACUUGUGACCUGCAAGGAACCCCUCCGCAUGAGUAUCAUGAACAACAUUCGAGUGAUGGCUCGGGAUCUUCCUGAACACGCUCUUCCAGAAGGACAUGUCCUGAUGUUCGUCAACGACAACCUCGAUACAGUCUGCAGUGUUGUUGAACAGGCAGCGGAGAACCAGUCUUUGCCUGAGAUUGAUAUGCAGAUUGAAGAUCAGGUACUGAACCGUCGCGCGUAUCGCAACUCGCGAACAAACGAACCUUUUGGAAGCAAGGACACUUCCAUCAGCCAAUGGGCAUUCUAUAUUCCGGAUCCGUACAAGCAGACUGCUGGUGGUCUCAACCGGGAGCAAUUGGCUAUCUACGAAGAGUUUGGUCGCCAACCGCGAGCAUUACCGCAUGCCAACAAUGUCUCACAAGAUAGCGGACGACAAAUGCCUGACGUUUUGCAAGACCAGUUUGCUGUUCCCAACUUGCCAACGCCGGCUGAGGCGCCUGCUGUACCCCGUCAAACACUUCAACCACAGCAGCCCCGUAUGCAAGCUCUUGCUCCUACCCAUGCCCCACCCGCUCAACAGCACUUGAACGGCUACAUGGAGCACUCAGGACCUGAUAGUAGCCAGCGCGCAGAAGAACUCGUCGCCGAGCUGCACCGAGCCGUGACCGAGGCGCCUGAAGAACACGUGGACGAGUUAUCAACGACGGCACCGACGCAUCACAUUUUCCGUGAACUGUUGGAUACCCUCGUGAACGCGGCGAACAAGGACAUGGUUGCAAUGAAUAUUGCCAUGAAAGUCACACUGUAUCUCUUCUCUGAUCCUGCGAAGCGUUUGGAGACGGAAGUGAUGACCCAUCUACUUGCCCAACUCUGUCGGAUGUCUGUGACAACGUCGAGGCAGGUGAUCAUGUGGCUGACUACUAUCGAUGAUGACCGCAUCUUCAAUUCUGGAGUUAUUGUAUCCUUGAUCAAUGUUGACCUUAUGGAUUUGCAUCGCGUCAACAUCACGAUUGCAAAGGCAAUUCAGAGACGAAGCGUACCGGCGGCAGAGCUUCUCUCCAGUCUCAUAGACGAGAUUCUGCUGAAUGAGCAGCCUGGCGCGCUUCGGGCCGAGUUUGCUUUAUCCAUCGAUGCUCUUAUGCAGUGGCUGGCAGAAGAUCCUAGCUUUGUGACAGGAAACCAGAUUGUCGGAAAGCUACAAAUGCGGUCGAGCGACGCAGCUCUACAAACACCUCCGACCCCAAGCAGGAACGAUCAACUCCGAUAUACCUUUGACGAAUGGGUGGGCUUGCAGUAUCCGGACACUCCAAAGAAGUCUAUUGCGGCAUUCAUCUACCAACUGCAUGAGCGAAAGGUCCUUGAUACACCAUCAGAGACGGCUUCUUUGAUCCGCGUUUGCGUUGAGGCUUCCAUUGAGUCAUUCGAGCGCGAAGCGGAGAACUACGGAAACCUGGACACCGCCUACAUCAAUGUGGAUGCGCUAGGUAGACUGAUCGUAUCACUAGUCAUAUAUCAAGGCGAAGAAGAUGGUGCGGUGAAAGAGAGCAAGGCUAGAUAUCUCGACGCUAUCUUGUGCAUUGUGGUGUUGAUCCUAUGCGACCAUCACCGCAUUCGCGGAGAGCGUUUCAGCUCAAAGGUUUUCUUCCGCCUAUUCUCGACGAUUCUUUCAGAACUCCACAUUGCAGCCAACGAAAAUGAACUCUCUGGCUUCAAAACCGACAUUUUCCUUGUUUUGGGCAGAGCCUUCUUGGCUCUUCAACCACAAUACUUUGAAAAUUUUGCAUUUUCAUGGCUGGGCUUGGUGGCGCACCGGAUCUUUAUCCCUGCUCUCCUUGACGAGGAUCAUCAAGACCUACAUUCCAAGGAACGACGCUGGGACACCUAUACACAGCUCAUGGAAGCCCUCCUCAGAUACACCGGCGAGAAAGUAAGACCCGCCGGUACCGCUAGCGCGGCACAGAGCUUCUAUCGCGGGGUCCUUAGAGUCCUCUUGGUCAUUCAUCACGACUACCCGGAGUUCCUUGCCGAGAACCAUUUCAAGCUUUGCAAUGGCAUCCCAAUGCACUGCACCCAGCUUCGGAACCUCAUCAUCAGUGCCUACCCUUCCACAAUCCUCGAAAUGCCGGAUCCUUUCACGGUUAAUCUCAAGGUGGAUCGCCUUGAAGAGAUCCGCCAAACUCCGAUCGUCCGCGGUGAUAUUGAAGACCCUAUUCGCCGAGCUGGAAUCAAGGAUACCCUGGACAACCUCCUCCGGACCACGGAUCAGAACGCAGAAGACAUCAAGAUGAUCUGCGAAGCUACAUCUUAUCCCGAGCCGAAGGAUAACGGGUUUGAGCUAAUGCGGACCACUGCAGACUCAAUCCUUAUCCAAGCCAUGGUUCUUUACAUCGGGUCAUCAGCACUAGAGGCACAGGGCUCCAAAGGACCAGCUUUCAAUAAAACUUCGCCCUCUACUAAGUUGCUCGAAAAUUUAGCGAGAGAACUCCGGCCUGAAGCUCGAUUCCACUUCAUCAGCGCCAUGGCAAACCAGUUGAGAUGGCCUAACAGCCACACCCAUUUCUUCAGCUAUGCGGUUCUUCAUCUCUUUGGCCCUCCUAAUCAACAGAGGCUGGAUGUGCAAGAAACCAUUACGAGGGUGCUUUUGGAGAGGCUCCUAGUCCAUCGACCACAUCCCUGGGGUCUCAUCAUCACACUCCUAGAACUCCUCAAGAAUGCUGAAUACCAGUUCUGGACCUUGCCAUUUAUCGAGUCAGCCCCCGAGGUCAGUGGAAAUCUUCACUCUUUGUUGGGGCUCCCUGUCUAAAGGAACUUCCAGGUCCGGAGGCUGUUCGAUGCGCUCUUCGCACACGCUCAACACAGCCCUCAUGUCGGACUGUAGGUCGGCGUUUCGAAAUGUCCCGCAUUAUCAGCGGACAUUUGAGCAUCUCAACUUCCAAA